AGCGUCGGAAAAGAAAGAGACACCUGCAUGAGCACCACGUCUAAACCGGGGAGGGGGGGCUACACGCUUUAUGAUGAGGACAAACAGCCAUUUUUACCGCAGUUUUGCUCAAAAACAAAAGUUCUGUGAGCCACUCGCUGUUUACCUCCUCUCUCCCUCCUCUCCUGUGGGUUGGAACCUGCACCUUCGCGCACCGGUGUGACGUCAUCAGAAUUCUGCUCGGUUCGGCAACCAGACUCGGUUCCUGUUUGAAAUGUGUUUCCAUACCGCGCACGGAAGCGGCAAAAUUACGUUUAGCGCUCCUAAGAAGCGGAUUCUCAGCGCUCUGCUCAUAAAACAGAAGACCUGCAGGCCUCUGUCCCCUCUGACCUCAUGGCCUGUGUCUUUUUUUAUGGCUCCCUGAAGAAGGGUCAGCCUAACUACUGCUAUGUGCUGGACAGAAACAACGGGAAAGCAGAGUUCCUCGGCACAGCCGUCACCACCCAGAGAUACCCACUCGUGAUUGCUGGCAAGUACAACAUACCGUUCCUCCUCAACCUCCCUGGAAAGGGCCAGAGGGUCCAUGGGGAGCUCUACCAAGUAGACACGAAGAUGCUGAAAUACCUGGACGACUUCGAGUGCAUUCCCACCCAGUACCAGAGGACCGUUGUGGACCUGGAGAUCAAGGAGUGGGUGGGAAACAGGGAGGAGAAGCCACCAGGAAGCCAGACAGAAGCGUUUGUGUACAGCACCACAACCUACCAACCCGACUGGCUUUCACUUCCGACCUACGAGAACUACGAUGCUUAUGGAGAUCAUGGCCUCAAAUUUACAUUAAGAGAAGACAGACACUGAAGAUCAUGUGAGGAUGGGUACUUUUGUAGCUGUAACUUUUUCCAGCCCUCCUUUCUUUCUUUCUUUAUUGAAUAUGCAAAUCAAUAAACAACCCAAAGCAUUCAAAAA